CCGCCUCACCAACAUCGCACACACACGCCCAUAUCCACCCCCAAAACCACGCCCACCGAUUCCCGCACCCACCGAUUCCCGCACCCACCGAUUCCCGCACCCACCGAUUCCCGCACCCACCGAUUCCCGCACCCACCAACCCAAAACAACCACCGCCGCACCUUCUCCCUCCUCCCAACCUUGAACCUCAACGCCCUCGACCUCACCAAACUCUCACACAUCGAUCUCACCGACCCCAGCAACAACGGCGAAGCGCUGGACACGCUGAACGAGGUCCUGGACACGCUGCCCCUGGCAAUCGAGUUCUGGGCCCUGAACCGCACCGCCGGGGUUGUGGGGAUGAGUCUUGAUAUGGGACUGGCGGAGUUAGCGGAUGUUGGGCUGGUGAGCUUUGGAAAGCAGGGGCUGAGGACCGGGUCGCGAGGGAGGAAUGCCAAGGUGCAUGUUGAUGUUACUAUUACUGGGCUUGUGGAUUGGGAUCUAAUAGGAUCUGCUCAUUGA